GUUUGCAGAAUGAGCAGACCAAGCUGAGCCGUUCUCAAAACCUUAUCCAUCGGUUGCAUGAUCUUCUGACAAUAGCGCUCACGACACACAAUGAUAUCUGUCAUUUGACUGUGAGCUGUGUCUGUGAUCGUUCACAAUGCCAUCUCGCAGUCAACUGCCGAUCUAGCUUCCAUGUCUUUGUGCAUACACAACAGUAUCAAGACCAGCAUCACAAUGCCUACUCGGUAGAGAUUGAUAGAAAGCAAUCUCCCAAUGCCUCUUUCCUCUCUUCUCUUCUUUGACCUCCUCUACCUCUUCUUUAUCUCUCAAACAAAUCACACGGACCAAGUCAUCGAAGAUCAAGCCAACGCUUUUCGCCUCUGCCAACAUCACCCGAGUCGACAACAUCAAAGCAACCCCCCUCAUUGUCUCACCUCCUUAUAUAACCACCCACAACCCACAACCUCGUCCCAUUCACUUCAUCAAGUACAAACAAACUUACACACUCAUUACUUUCCAAAGUACCAAACCACACACACACUCACACUACACAACAAACAAUGGCUGCACUCGAAUUCUCAAUCUCCGGCGCCCCAGUCAACAACGCCACCAUGGUCCGCGGCUACCGCGACAAAAUGUGCGUCCUCCAAGGAAAAGGCCAACUCUACGUUUCUUCCUGCACUUUGCAGACUAAAGGUAGAGGACAGCUGUAUGUCUCUUCCUGCGAUUUGCAGGCAAAGGGAAGGGGUCAGUUGUAUGUUUCCUCCUGCUCUCUUCAACGCUGUUAAAACACGACGGUGAUUUUGAAAACCAGAGAGGAGGAGGCGAAAAGGCGGUGCUAGCGUUGCCUUUUUGCUGACGGAGAGGCUCUUUCUUUUUUGGCGUGCAUGGCCUUUUUCAAAAUCCGUUUUUACUUUGCUCUCGCAAAUCUCGAGGGGGGAUCGUUGCUGCAAUUAUUUGUAGCUGUUGGCGAUGGUUUCUUGC